GCAGCAGGCGGGUGGCCGCCAUUUUAGUGAUCGGCAGCCGGGCGGCGGUGGCGGCGGCAGCAUGAACUCCGUCAGGUGUAAACUCUGUGCUUCGAUAACCUGCCUCCUCCUCCUCAGCCUUUCCAUCGUCGUGUCCGGCGGCAAAGUUAACAAGCACAAGCCAUGGAUAGAAACUACAUAUCAUGGCAUUGUUACAGAAAAUGAUAUCUCAGUUUUGCUGGAUCCUCCAUUAAUUGCCUUGGAUAAAGAUGCACCUCUACGUUAUGCAGAGAGGUUUGAGGUGACAUUCACCGAAGAAGGUGAGAUUUGUGGAUUUAGAAUUCAUGGACAGAAUGUGCCAUUUGAAGCUGUGGUGGUUGAUAAAACCACAGGUGAAGGUGUCAUACGUUCAAAAGAGAAGAUGGACUGCGAGUUGCAGAAAGAGUAUACCUUUACUAUCCAGGCAUAUGACUGUGGUGAGGAUCCAGAUGGGGGAAAUAUGAAGAAGUCCCAUAAGGCCAAUGUUCAUAUCCAAGUGAACGACAUAAAUGAGUAUGCCCCAGUUUUCAAAGAGAAGUCUUACAAAGCCACAAUAAUUGAAGGAAAGAAGUAUGACAGCAUCUUGAGAGUGGAAGCAAUUGAUGCAGACUGUUCAUCGCAGUUCAGCCAGAUCUGCAGUUAUGAAAUUGUCACUCCUGAUGUGCCAUUCACUGUUGAUAAAGACGGGUAUAUUAAGAAUUCUGAGAAAAUAAACUACAACAAAGACAGGCAGUACAAACUUGCAGUAACGGCUUAUGACUGUGGGAAGAAGCGUUCGACAGAAGAUGUUCUUGUUAAGAUCAACAUUAAACCCUCGUGCAAACCUGGCUGGCAAGGUUGGAGCAAAAGAAUUGAAUAUGAGCCUGGCACUGGAAGUUUGGCAUUGUUUCCAGUUAUGCAUCUGGAAACAUGUGAUGAACCUAUUACAUCCAUUCAGACAACUGUUGAAUUAGAAACGAGCCAUAUAGGAAAAGGAUGCGACAGGGACACUUAUUCUGAAAAAUCACUCCACAAACUUUGUGGUGCUGCUUCCGGUACAAUUGAUCUCCUUCCCUCACCAAGUAGCAGUACGAAUUGGACAGUUGGUCUUCCCUCUGAUAAUGGCCGUGAUAGUGAUCAGGUCUUUGAGUUCAAUGGCACUCAAGCUGUGAAAAUCCCAGAAGGUGUUUUGACAACAAAUCUAAAGGAACCAUUUACAAUUUCUGUGUGGAUGCGGCAUGGGCCUGGUUCCAGUAUUCACGGGGACAAGGAAACUGUUCUUUGCAACUCUGAUAAAACAGACAUGAAUCGUCAUCACUACUCCCUUUAUGUGCACAACUGCCGUCUGGUUUUCCUCUUCCGCCAAAACCCUUCAGAGAAUGAGAACUUCCAUCCUGCAGAGUUCCAUUGGAAACUGGAUCAGGUGUGUGAUAAAGAAUGGCAUCACUAUGUACUAAAUGUCGACAUCCCCACUGUGGCCCUAUAUGUGGAUGGAGUUUCAUACGAUCCGUUCCUAGUUACUGAAGACUAUCCCCUCCACCAUUCAAAGAUUGAAACUCAGUUGGUGGUAGGAGCAUGUUGGCAAGAGUACACAGGAAGCGAAAAUGAAAAUGAAACUGUGACUGAAGCCUAUCCAGGAGGUGAAUUUCGCAUGACUCAGUUCUUCUUUGGCAAUUUAGCUGGUCUGAUGAUUCGGGCUGGCAAACUUGAGAGCAAAAAGGUGAUUGACUGCUUAUACACCUGUAAAGAAGGACUGGAUCUCUUGGAUUCUGGGAAUAGUUACAAAGGUGUGAUGGUUCACUUCAAUCCCACCCAGUCAGUCCUUAGCAUGGAAGGGGAUGAUAUUGAAAGUUUCGACAAGAACAUGCAGCAUGUGUCAUACCUCAAUUCUAGGCAGUUCCCGACACCUGGAAUUAGAAGAUUGAAAAUCAGCACAACUGUAAAGUGCUUCAAUGAAGAGACUUGCAUCACUAUCCCAGAUGUGGAGGGCUAUGUAAUGGUACUUCAACCUGAUGAACCAAAGAUAAGCCUGAGUGGAAUUGAUCACUUUGCACGUGCUGCCUCUGAAUUUGAAAGUAAUGAAGGUGUUCCACUGUUUCCAGAGCUGAAGAUCGUUAGCACCAUCACAAGAGAAGUGGAGUCAGAGGCAGAGGAUGAAGAUGAGCCUACAGUCCAGGAAUCUAUGAUAUCUGAAGAGAUAAUGCACAAUCUGGAUAUGUGUGAAGUCUCUGUUCUUGGAGAUGAGCUGAAUGCAGAACAGGAAAGCUUUGAAGUUGAUCCAUCUCAACUACAGCAAAGGGGUAUGGAAAUGAGUAACUCAUCUACUGGUUUGACUAUCACAGGUGUGAACACAAUGGCAAAUUACGAAGAGAUGUUGCAUUCAAUCCGUUACCGAAACUGGAACAGCGAGUCAUUGUUUGAAAGGAAGUUUAAAAUUGUUUGCUCAGAACUGAAUGGACGCUAUGCCAGUAACGAAUUCAAAGUUGAGGUCAAUGUAAUUCACACUGCUAAUCCAGUGGAGUACCCCAACCACUUAUUGGCACAGCCAGAGUUUGUGCGCCCAGUUCAGCAUGCUUCUGUCGACUUGUCUGGACACAAUCUUGCAAACCCUCAUUCAUCCUCAGUUGUUCCCAGUGCAGCAACUGUUGUCAUUGUGGUUUGCGUCAGCUUCCUGGUCUUCAUGAUAAUCCUCGGCAUUUUCCGAAUCCGUGCCGCACAUCAGCGGACUAUGCGGGAUCAAGAGAAUGGGAAAGAGAAUGAGAUGGAUUGGGAUGACUCGGCCUUGACAAUUACAGUAAAUCCUAUGGAGACAUACGAGGACCAGCAUAGUAGUGAGGAUGAAGAGGAGGAGGAAGAGGAAGAAAGUGAGGAAGGUGAUGAGGAAGAUGACAUUACCAGUGCAGAAUCUGAAAGCAGUGAGGAGGAAGAAGGUGAGCAGGAAGAUCAGCAGAAUGUUAACCGACAGCAGCAACUUGAAUGGGAUGACUCGACUCUUACCUAUUGAUUUCCCUGCUGUCGCUUUGUGCUUUUGGAGACUCCGUUGCUCACUCCGUCGCUCACUCCAUCUGACCUGAGGAACCAGCUUGCACUUUUUUCUUGUCAUCUGAUGAGCGACUUUAGCUAGACAAUACACACAAUUUUCAGGACUGUCCCCUUUGCUCUAAGAGGCAGCUUUGCUAUUUUCUGUUUCCAUUGAAAAGAGAAAUUGCAUUGAGUAGCGUUUAAAGUUGCUUGGUUUUGGCCUGCUCAUAAAUUUUUUUCUCGUGCAUGUGGAAAAAAAUUGCAGAAGAGGUCAAUUUACGUAGAGAAAUAACAAGAUUUUUAAUAUUUUGUAAAUAUAUUGAAAUUAUGUAAUUAAUGUCUUUUGUGGUAGUGAAAACAGGGAUUGGACAAAUUUGAGUUGGGAAAACAAAUUUAAAGAGACAGUUUUAAUUUUGAUAAAGUCAUCCUUACUGAUGCCAUAUGGAGUAGUACUGCUGCAACCUACAUUUCAAUGUGCUCAAAUGUUAGUUUUAGUGAAAUUUUUGGGGCAAUUUUAAGUGCUGAACUAGCAUAAACCAACAUUUAGGCUUUAAAUGCACCAAGCUCUUUGUCAUUGAACUCCUCGCUCAUCAAAAUAUGUCCUCUAUUUAAAAGGAAGGUAGAGAUCAACCAGAAUGGAGAAUUGGCAACUGCUGUGUCAAAAUUAAUUGCAUUGGGUGAGUGGGCUAUCAGAAAGCAGGCCCUGUAUAGACCAAGCAAACCUAAUACUGUCUUUUUAAAUUCUACAUUGUAAGAUGGGGAGAGAGAGAUUCAAUAAACUUAAGGCUUUCUUUGAGAACCAACCCUGUUGGAACAUGCACAUUUCAAAUAACUAUUGGUAGUUCCUGUACAUUGAAUUGUACUGUAGUUUUAAACUAUUUGUUUACAUUUAGUAAACUUUGGUUUCUCCUGGUAAUAUUGUAGUUGGAAUUGUACAAAGAAAUUGGCUCAUUUGUGAAUCAUGUAUUUGGUUUUAAAACAGUUCUCUGCCUCCAUGUUUUUAAAUGAAUUUUUAAUUGAUAUGAAAGUGUUUGCCAGAAAGGUACUAAAAUAUGCAGCUUCGGUGAGAUGUACAUAGCAGACCUGACUGAAGAAUAGAGGAGAAAUUGAAAAGGAUCUCUGAGGCAAGGAUCUUAGGCAAAAUUAUUGACAAGAUUAUAGCUGAUGAAAAAUUUGAGAGCCUUUGUUGUGACUGAAGUAAUGUGUAGAUGAAUAAAAGGCAUUUGAUGAAUUUGGCUUCUGUCUUAAGAAAAAAUUGAGACCUGGUAGAAGACAGUUGUAAUGGACUAAUCUGUGAUGUUGAUGUUUUCUCAUCCUUGAAUUACUUAGAGUUGGAAAAGGUCUUGCACAACUUUUAAAAUUUUAAACAUUGCAACAUUUCUACAAUUUUACAUCCUGAAUCCAGGAGUGUUGACUGUAGCUUCAAAUGGGAAUAUCCAAUGAUAUUUCAGUGGCUAAAAGAAAGAAGGGUAAGUGAAUUUGUAGGUUUUGAGUUACUUAGGAGUAAAUCUUGGAAACCGGAGGUUCAAGUGCGGAGAAUGUGGUUACACAUUGCUUAUGGUAUCAAAACAACAGGAAGAGGCUAGCUGCCCUCCAAUUUGCACGGUACAGUUUUUAGCUGCUUUGUGAGUGCCAGUAUCACUAAUUGUUACUGAUUUUUAUCAACAAGAUUCAGACAUUAUACUGGCUAAACUGAAAUGCAGUUUUGUUUCUCUACAAACUAGCUUUCCUCAGAAAUGUUUUGUUUUGUUUUGUAGUGGGUUUCCAAGAGCCUGACUGGCUUGGUGGUGAAAAGGAUAGUGACUAAGAUUUUGUAGGAUUAGCCUGUUAUUUGAGAGAGAGAGAGAGAGUGUACCGCUGCUACUGCCGAAUAAUUGGUAACAUUGUAUACAAAGCAUCAUACUCAGGAGUUGGCCAGGACUAUUUAUACCACUAAUGGGGUAAAAAAAAAAAGUACUUGUACACUACUGAAUUAGUCACUUGUUAAAGAUUGAAAAUGAGAUUUCAGCUGAAGUCCAUGUGGAUGCAAGAUAAGAAUGUAGAGCUUUUGUAGCAAAAUGUGAUUUUGCUAGGAUUUUUGUAAAUCCUCCUCAGUCAUACAGCAUUUAUUUGCUGUGGCCACAGUCAUCCCUUGAAACCAGAUGUUUUUCUUGCUUCUCCCAUCCUUUGGAUCAGGAUCUGUUCCUGGGGCAGAAACAGUAAUAUCAACUGGGUUGACAUGAGCUUGUUGGGAGUGCCUUGAUUUUUGCAAUUAGCAUAACUUAAUGAUGUACAUCUAGGAAGUGGAAUAGUCAAAAAAAAUUCUUUUGUAACUUUAAAUUGUAGAUUGCCUAACAGUAGGGGACUAUGGUUUUGUUUUUUUUUGUCAAGUUUAAAUAAGUGAGUUUUUUUCAAAGUUGGAAAAGUAUAAACCUUAUGUUUAAAGUAUUUGUCUGACAUAGAUGUCGUGUUCAUGUUGUGUAUGAGACUUGAAGUCUAUCCAUAUAUUGUCAUCGUAGAUAAUGUAUUAGACUUAAAGGCUUACAUGUUAAAAGCUAACCAAGGUGUAAUCAUGUUAUUAAUUGUAUGUAGCCAAUAUGGGUAUUACCUACAGAGCUGUAUGAUAGAUCAGUUUGAACAGUCUUUUGAGCUACAAUAAAUUUCCAGCCCUAAACACUACAAUAUUGUCCAGCAUGUUUUAAUGAGUUCUGUAGUAUUCGGUUUCUUGAGGUGAUCACAGUUGCUGCCCGUUGCACUGCAGUGUCAAAAUAAAAGAACCUUAAAACCAGCGUUUGUUUGUUUAAUGUGUAAAAUGGCUCAAAUUUAAUUGUUCCUUCGUAUCACUUCCCACAAAUGACAUGCAAAUCUAUGAAUAUUGUAUUUUUAGUGGGUUUCAAUGCAAACAUCCACUUAAAAUGCAUUUUUAAAUGAAAAUACGUAAAAUGGUAGUUUGAAUAUUCUGGUAGAAUGUGCAUUAUUGAUGUCCAUUACUUGAAUUCUCUGUACAAACUUGUUGGUCUACAUAAGUAAAUAUGUUUAAUUCAGAAGGUGGUGCAAAGGUCAGCUGAGUCAUGUGAAUUGGUGAUAAAGUCGACAUUCACUUGCAUGAAAAUUUCUCAACCAGAAUUUUCUCAAAAAGCUGUUGGAUCCUUUGCCAUUUUAGAGAAAUAUAAAACAUGGUGAGAAUGGAAAUCAAAAGAGAUGCAGAUGCUGUAAAUCAGAAACAACAACAGAAAUUGCUGGAAAAGCUCAGCAGUUCUGGCAGCAUCUGUGGAGAGAAAUCAGGUAAUGUUUCGGGUCGAGUGUUCUAAGGAAGGGUCACUGGACCCGAGACGUUGACUGAUUUCUCUCCACAGAUGCUGCCAGACCAGAGUUCUUCCCAGCAAUUUUUGUGUGGUGAAAAUAAAGUUGCAUUUUUCUGAUAUUGUUCUCGAAAUUAUUCAAAUAUCAUGAUUUUUAAAAAACUGAAACAUUAACUAGGUGUCUGUAGAAAGAGGAAAGUAGGGUUAUCAUUGUGUCAGAACUUAUCGUGAAGUUAUCUGAUUAAUGAGAAUCCAAAUGGCAGCACAGCUGUCUUGUUGAAGAAAGGAAAACUUGCCCUGACCCAAUUUGUCCUACACCGACAUGGAGCUGGAAUUACAAUAUGACUAAUUCUUAGCUACCCUACAGAAUGGUUCAGCAAAAUCGUAUUGCGAUAGCCAGCACUUGCUAGAAAGUGGCCUAACAUUCUUGGGUAGGUGGGAAUUACUGGCCUUGCCAAUGAUACCACCAUCUGUAGAAGUUGAUGUUUUAAACAUAAUUAUGGAAUGACUAAAGAAAUGCUGAAGUGAGAAAUGAUUCAUUUUAAAAACAGUAGUAAGAGUUCUGGGCCAUGGAACGUUUUCUUAUUUGGUCGGUUCUGAUGUGACUAAAAUGAAAGGUUUUUCAUUACCAAAAUGGAAGCCAGAGCCCAAUUAUGAAGCACCGAGCAGUUUGCUUAUCUGUAAAGUGCAGUGAUUUGUAAAUGCAACUAUAUAUACUGAGUGGUUUUGUGAUUACAAAAAAUGCUAGGACAAAAUAUUUGUAAACAUCUCUCUCAGUCCAUGAUUUUGACAGUUUUCCAUUUCCAGGCCUUUGCAUUUGGAAAACUUAAACAUCUUCUAACGUGAAGCUCAAUUUAAGAUCGAGGGUAAUCUCAUCACUCACUUAAGGUUACGAUGGGCAGCCUGCAAAAGACUGUCAACAGAAACUGUUUAUCAUGUGAGAAAUACAUUGUAAAAAGAAUGUCUUAAUCCCAUGUGAAGUUUUUUGUUUCAAGUAUUGUACUAUUGUCUUACUGCUGUGCAUUAUUUAGCUGUAAAUAAAUCUCUUAGCCUAUA